AUGACUGCUCGAUCGAGCUCCAUCCCCACCCUCCGCACUCCCUCGUUCAACGCGACGCGCGGCUCCCUCAGUCGCAGAGUCUCCGCUCUCAGCACCGCCGAGCAGGGCGACGAUGCCGCUUCUAUCCACACCGACCAUGUCGUCCACGAGGAGCUAGCCGAGAUCAAGCGCUACGAGGACUUCACCACUAUAGACUGGGUGCAGGAUGCCGCGCGUGAGCAGCUGCGCCGCAAGGCCCGCCGGCAAGAAAAGGCCGGCUUUUUUGAGCGCGAAGGCGGCGUCGGCUGGCGCAGAAAAGUCUACGACGCCUACGAUGCCGGUCAGGCGUGGAUUGUCGUCAGCCUGGUCGGCGCCGCUAUAGGCCUCAAUGCCGCUUUCCUCAGCAUUGUGACCGAGUGGCUUUCGGAUAUCAAGCUUGGAUAUUGCACCACUGCCUUCUACCUGAAUGAACAGUUCUGCUGUUGGGGCGCCGAGGAUGGCUGCCCCGAAUGGCACCGUUGGAGCAAUUUCUGGCCCGUUAACUACUUCCUCUACAUCCUGUUCUCCAUCGUGUUCUCCUUCAUCGCUGCCAGGCUGGUCAAGUCCUUUGCGCCGUACGCAGCCGGAUCUGGAAUCUCUGAGAUCAAGUGUAUCAUUGCUGGCUUUGUCAUGAAAGGUUUCCUCGGCUUCAAGACCCUGAUGAUCAAGUCCUUUGCCCUGCCUCUCGCAAUUGCCUCUGGCCUGUCGGUCGGCAAAGAAGGACCAAGCGUGCACUAUGCUGUGUGUACUGGAAAUGUCGUCUCUCGGCUGUUCGAGAAGUACAAGCGGAAUGCUAAUAAGACGCGUGAAAUCUUGAGCGCCAGCGCUGCUGCCGGUGUUGGUGUCGCCUUUGGUAGUCCUAUCGGAGGCGUGCUCUUCUCUUUGGAAGAAAUGUCAAACCACUUUCCCCUGAAGACUAUGUGGAGGAGUUAUUUCUGCGCCCUGGUGGCAACUGCUGUGUUGGCCGCUAUGAAUCCUUUCAGAACCGGCCAAUUGGUCAUGUUCCAGGUCAAGUAUGAUCGCGAGUGGCAUUGGUUCGAAAGCUUCUUCUACAUCAUUAUUGGUAUUUCGGGUGGCCUUUACGGGGCGUUUGUGAUCAAGUGGAAUCUGCGCAUGCAGGCUUUCCGCAAGAAGUAUCUCGCCAAGUACCCUAUCACCGAAGCGGUGGUGCUUGCGCUGAUCACGGCAAUCAUUUGCUAUCCGAACAUGUUCCUUCGGAUCGACAUGACCGAGAGCAUGGAGAUCCUCUUCCGCGAAUGCGAAGGGGACUAUGAUUAUGAUGAGAUAUGCGAACGCAAGCAUCGAUGGACGAUGAUUUUCUCAUUGGCUUUUGUGACUACCAUCCGAACAAUGUUGGUCAUUGUCUCUUACGGGUGCAAGGUGCCUGCCGGUAUCUUCGUACCCUCAAUGGCCAUUGGUGCUUCGUUUGGACGCAUGGUCGGGAUCCUCGUUCAGGCUCUGCACGAUGCCUUCCCCGAGGCAAGUUUCUUUGCGGCGUGCCAGCCGGACGUCCCGUGCAUCACGCCGGGCACGUACGCCUUCUUGGGAGCUGCGGGCUUCUUGAGUGGGAUCAUGCACAUCACGGUCUCUGUGGUUGUCAUCAUGUUUGAGCUCACGGGAGCCCUGACCUACAUUCUCCCUACAAUGAUAGUCGUCGGCGUCACGAAAGCCGUCAGCGACCGAUUCGGCAAAGGCGGUAUUGCGGAUCGUGCCAUCUGGGCCAACGGGUUUCCCUUCCUUGACAACAAAGAAGACCACACAUUCGGCGUGCCUGUUUCGGAAGUCAUGACACAAAACACAACUGUGAUUCCUGCAUCGGGGCUCGACGUGCGUGACGUCGAGAAGAUACUCGCCAACAGCUCCUACUCCGGGUACCCGAUCGUCGAGCACCGACACACCAAGACGCUGUUGGGCUACAUCGGACGCACAGAGUUGCGGUACGCGGUGGAGCGGGCGCGGCGCGACCAGGUAGUCCCCUCAACAGCGAAAUGCUUCUUCACGCCCGCGGCAAACCGCACGGCCGCGACGCCGAGCAUUCACGGGGCGCCGUCAAUUAGCUUUGACAGCAUGGCGGCGACUGCGGGACAGAUGUCGGUGGACCUCAGCCGGUUCGUGGACCCGACGCCGCUGGCGGUGCAUCCGCGGCUGCCGCUCGAGACGGUCAUGGAGCUGUUCAAGAAGAUGGGGCCGCGGGUGAUUCUGGUCGAAUAUCGAGGAAGAUUGACGGGCCUGAUCACGGUCAAGGACUGCUUGAAGUAUCAAUUCAAGGCCGAGGCGGAGGAGAACCCGCGCGAUGAGGCGGGCAUGGAGGAGAGGGGCGAGCGGCUGUGGAAGGGGAUUAGUGGCGUGGCGGCGUGGUUGGGGGCGCACAUGCCCUGGGCCGAGAGGGGGAAGCUGAGGCUGAGCGAUGUGGGAAGUGCGAGGGGAGCUGGGAGUCCGGUGGCAUUGAGGCCGACGAGUAGGGGUGAGGGCGUAGAGGUGGAGCUGCAGGAGCGGUGA